AUGACCACCUACGAUAUCAAGGGCAAAUAUGCCAUCGUCACUGGUGCUGGAUCCGGCAUCUGCCUGGCCUUUGCGGAGCAGCUUCUUGAAGGAGGCUGCUCGGUCAUGAUAGCCGACGUGAAACUUCGGCCCGAAGCCGAGGCUCUUGUAACCAAGUACGCCUCCAAAGACGCCACCACACUUUCGGUCGAUUUUCACAAAACGGAUAUCAGUGACUGGGGACAGAUCGCCUCUCUGUGGGAGAAGACUCUCGAAACGUUUGGACGUAUUGAUAUUGUGGUCAACGGUGCUGGCGUCUACGAGCCACCCUCUAGCACGUUCUGGAACGCGCCUGGCAUCUCGCCUCUAGCUGAGGAUAAGGUAGACGCCUCACCAGGCGUCUAUCAUACAUUCUCAGUAAAUGCCAUAGGACCUAUCCGCCUCGCCCAGAUUGCCAUUGAUUACUGGCUGGAGAACCGAUAUGUUGAGGGUAACUUGCUCUGGAUUGCCAGUCUUGGAGCCUAUGUCCAUUCGCUCCAAACGCCCCUAUACUUUUCUAGCAAAGCAGCUAUUGUGAGCUUUGUUCGAUCUCUAGGCCAGCUACGAAAGCGGCUGGGUAUUAGGAAUGCGGCUGUUUGCCCUGGUGCUGUUUACACACCAAUCUUCCACCCGGAAUACUGCCGCGAUAGGGUGCACCCUGAUGACCUGACUCUCACGCCUGAGCAGUGCGCCUCGGUUAUGAUGCGUGUCCUAAAGGAGCCGCAAUAUGGUGAUGGCAACAUUAUUGAGACAUUGCUUAUCGGAAGCAAGGACAACUCGUCUGUUAAUGUUCGCGAAGUGCCCUUAGAGUCACUGUAUCCUACUGUAGGCCCAGUUGGGCAGGAUAACCACUUACUCGAGGAGGAGGAGAAGUUGACUAAGCGACUCCAGGAGAAGGGAAUGCGGCAGUAAACUUUGCUGAAGGCGAAAAGACAUAGCUAUUAAGGAAAGCUAGAAUUGACCCUUCCAUCUUAAUCACACGUGGAAGCCACUGGGUUUUUCCUUGUU